AUGGUGCUUCUGUCUGGUGACGGGAAGGACGUCGGGGAAAGCCGGAGUCCCGCCUCAGGGAGGCAGCUGCUGGCCCUCCCCGCGGUCCGUGAAGGGCAAGCCGAGGGACCCGGAGGGGCGGGAGCAGAGGGGAAUGCCUCCGCCGCCGCCGCCCUUAGCCCAGCCGGCGGCGGCGGCGGCGCGGAGGGCGAAGUAGGAGGAGAGGACGAGUACGAAGAGUACGAGGACUUCUCGUACCUCCCGGACACGCGGAGCAUCGCUUCAGACGACUCUUUCUACCCGCCGCGGGCCGACGACGACGAAGACGACUGGUCGCUGGGCGAGUCGGACCCCUCGGACAGCCCCGAGCCGGUCUCGCUCUUCAAAGCUUGCUGCACCAACAACGUCCUCGCCUUGCGGGCGCUCCUCCGCCAAGGGCCCGAAGAGGAGGACGUGAGGGAGACCGACCGCAACAAGCGGACUGGCCUUAUUGUUGCCUGUUACCACGGGUUUGUGGAUAUUGUAAUAGCCUUAGCACAGUGCCCUCAUAUUGAUGUAAACUGGCAGGACAACGAAGGAAACACGGCUCUAAUUACAGCUGCCCAGGCAGAACCAGUUGAGAAGCUGCCCACAGCCAAAUCUGUGGCUCAGAAACGUGCAG